AUGGAGGGCGGCAUUGAUAUGGAGCAGACCAUCGGCACACCACCAGACACCAGCGAGCAAGCGCCUGCCGCCCAAGACACCCCCGAGGAAGGCAACAAGUUUCAGACUGCCAUCGGCGCAUGGAGAAAUAUCGAUCUUACUUCACUCAUCCCCCAGCUCGACACCGUCGCCUCGGAUCUCGUGACGCACCAAAGAGACACACUUACACAGCGAAAAGACCUUGCGCAAAAGACAAAAGACUUUAGAAAACUCGACGACGCAAGCAAACUCAAUGACAUCAAAGGCCUCUUGAAGUCAUACCAAAACUUCAUUGACCUCAUAUCCAAUCAGUCCAAGACCGUCCAGGCUGCCUUCUUCCAGGUCUACUCGCCGCUUUCGGAGGCACCCGACCCGUAUCCUCUGCUCGAAGCCUCCGUCGACUCCCUCGUAACGUCCGAGGAGCUUGUGCCAAAACUCACGUCUGAGAACGAGCGCUUGCAAAAGACCGUAGCCAGCCUCACAUCACAACUCGAUGAAUCAGAAAAGAAGCUGCAAGAGGAGCGCACGGCACGCAAGGCUCUUGAGGAUAGCCGCGACAGCAAGAUCAAGGAGGUCGAGGCGUCAUGGUCGGCUGUCCUGACGGAGAAGCAGGACAACUGGGAAUCCAAGGAAAAGGCUUUGGAAGAAAAGGUCGAAAACCAGGAGCGCUUGCUGAAAGAGCUCAAGGCCAGUUACGAAGUCUCGCAGCGACUGGGUCAGGGUGAAGCAGCUGAAGAAGAGGGGGGUCGUGGCGCCACAGCUGCGGAGCUUGAGAUUGUCAGCUCGGAACUUGAGCGAACCAGCCACCGUCUGGCCGAGAUUACAGCGCGAAACGAGCAACUGCGUCUAGAAUUGGCUCAGUCUGCAUCUGCGCCGGCUCAACAGGUCGCAGUCGAAGACGACCCUGCCUUCCUCCGCUUGCGAUCCGAGAACUCGUCGCUCUUGCGGAAGCUUGAAAAUGCGCGCUUUGAAAAGGACUCGGACAGGACGCGCCUGGAGACGGAGAUGCGCAGUUUGGAACGGGAGAUCAAAUCUUUGAAGAGCGAGAAGGAAGCGCUCCGCGAGAAGGUGCAGAAGUGGAGCGACUACGAGAACGUGAAGCAAGAGCUUGAAGUGUUAAAGUCCAUUGAAUUCGCAACCGGCGACGACGAUGACGAAGCCACCGAGAUUGCGCUUUCACAGAACGGUGGAUCCGGCAAAGGCAAGGGAGAGACAUUGGAGCAACUCCUCCUUGCUCGCAACAAGAAGCUCAGCAACGAACUUACAGUCAUGCGUGUGUCGCACCAGGAUCUCCAGAGCAGGCUGGAGGCGCUUCAAGAGGAGCUGUCAAACACGAAUAUGGAGUUGGAGAAGUCACGACAACUCAACGAAACUCUAGAGGCUGAUCUGGAAAAGAUUCAGCAAGAGGCUACAAAUGCCUUUGACCCCUCGGGCAUGUCAGUCGCGGGCACCUAUGUCUCGCGAUUCCCACAAUCCUCGUUUGGCGGUCGAAAAGGCCGCUCGUCACCAACAUCUUCCAUCAUCUCAGGUUUCGACAAUUCAUCACAGGCUCCGACGCUUGCAUCCCUUCGCGCAGGUGGCGGCGGUGAGCCUGGAGGCUCGGGUAUCCUGCCCAUGGUGACGGCACAAAGGGACCGCUUCAAGAAGCGCAACUCUGAACUCGAAGCCGAGCUUCAGAAAAGCUAUCAGACAAUAUCUUCUCUGCGGAGUGAGAUUGGUGCGCUGCAGAAGGAUAAUCUGGAUCUCUACGAAAAGACACGGUAUGUGAGCAGCUACAACGCAGUCAACCGGGGUAUAGCAUCGAGCGCAUCGAGCCUGGCUGCAAAUCCUAACCCCUCUGCCAUUAACAUUGGAGACGGAGGGCCUUCAGCAGUGGAUACAAAGUAUCGCUCAGCAUACGAAUCCAGUAUCAGCCCCUUUGCCGCCUUCAGGGGUCGGGAAAGUGCAAGAGCCAUGAAGCGCAUGUCCAUCUUUGAGCGCAUGAUAUUACGCGUCACCAAAUUCGUACUCCAGACACGCACAAGCAGAAACGUGUUUGCUGGGUAUCUGCUGGCGUUACAUUUCAUGGUAUUCUAUUUCCUAUUCAGUGCCGAGGCGGGUGCUAGUGCAGCGGUUGUCGCAGCAGGGCCCAGUGUUCCUGGGGUCAAAGAUACAACUUCAUGGCACAAGGCCGACGAGAGCAAGCCAUGAUAGGACGAGAGAGGAGGGGGCAGAAGAGGUUUGUGCGAAAGUGUACUAUAUUAGUUUUCAUCAGGAUGGAGCAUGUGCUAUCCAAGCAAUGGAGUCAAGUGCAUUUCGGUCGCGCACAUA